AUGGUUUUUGCCAUAACUAGGGCCGGUUUUAUAUUUUUUCGUACUAACACGAGAUCUAAAAAUAAUUAUAAAUAUCUUAAAUUGCCAAGGGUACGUAAUAUUAACAUAAAAGUAUACCGACUAACCUACUAAUUUCUUACUAGUAAAAUGAUUUGUCAUCUUUUAUGUGUCCUUAUUAAGUAAAUUUUAUUAUAUCUUAAUCAUAAAUUUUAGAUUUAAUUUUUUUUAAUUUAUAUAUAUAAUUUUUUUUAUUUGUGUAUAUAGAAAAAUGAAAAAAGAUUUAAAUAAUUAUCAUAUUUACUAUACUGUCCUUUAGUAAAUUAAAUAAACUUGGAAUGAAACUUCUCUUUGCUAGAUAUGCGCAGUAAACCUUUCCAUAAAAACUGGCAUCCCUCAGCCAGAGGAAGAAGCCCAAAAGUUAAAAUCACCAGUAGGAGAUGGGAAGGUAUUCAAGACCGCAGGUGAAGCUAUAUCAGACAUACCAGAUGGUGCUAAACUUCUGGUUGGUGGAUUUGGACUUUGUGGCAUUCCUGAAAACUUAAUUGCAGCUGUAUUAAAACGAGGUUCCAAAGAUCUAACUGUUGUUUCAAAUAAUGCAGGGGUUGAAGACUUUGGAUUAGGUAUACUUUUGAAGGAAUGUAGGAUUAAAAGAAUGAUUGCUUCCUACGUUGGUGAAAACCCUGAAUUUGAGAAACAGUACCUCAGUGGUAAAUUAGAGGUUGAAUUAACUCCGCAGGGUACAUUGGCAGAACGUAUUCGAGCAGGAGGAGCUGGUAUUCCAGCGUUUUACACUCCUACAGCGUAUGGAACGAUAAUUCAAGAAGGUAAUGUCAUUGUGAAAUAUGAUGAAAAGGCAAAUCCAGAGAUAUCCGGUGAACCAAGGAAUGUGGCACAAUUCAAUGGAAGGAACUACGUCAUGGAAACUGCCAUAAUAGGAGAUUUUGCUCUCGUGAAGGCUUGGAAAGCAGACAAAGCUGGCAAUUUAGUGUUUAGAAAAUCAGCCAGGAACUUCAAUCCGGUGAUGUGCAAAGCAGCUAAAAUCACUAUUGCAGAAGUAGAAGAAAUUGUAGAAACCGGUCAAUUAGACCCCGAUCAGGUUCAUUUGCCAGGAAUUUUUGUGGACAGGAUUGUGAAAGGUCCUUCGUACGAGAAACGCGUGGAGAAACGAUAUACGAAGCAAAAUGUGAAACCCAAAAAAGUGACACCAGCAAGUAAAGCAAGGGACAGAAUCAUUAGACGAGCCGCCCUCGAAUUUAAAGACGGAAUGUAUGCUAAUUUGGGAAUCGGUAUACCCAUGCUGGCCUGCAAUUACAUUCCGAAGAACGUGAAGGUGACACUGCAGUCCGAAAAUGGUAUCCUUGGUCUGGGUCCAUUCCCUGACGAGUCAGAACUCGAUCCAGACUUGAUAAAUGCUGGAAAAGAAACAGUCACUGUUCUUCCUGGAGCCUCUUUCUUUAGCAGCGACGAAAGCUUUGCAAUGAUUCGAGGAGGUCACAUCAAUUUGACGAUGCUCGGUGCUAUGCAAGUUUCAGAAAAUGGAGAUCUCGCUAACUGGAUGAUACCAGGAACUAUGGUGAAAGGAAUGGGUGGCGCAAUGGAUUUAGUUUCUGCUGAAAGUACAAGAGUGGUAGUUACCAUGGAACAUAAAGCUAGAGACGGAAGCCCAAAGAUUUUGAAAAAUUGCACUUUGCCUGUUACAGAGACGGUUACGCGUAUUUUAAUUCUAGGUCAACAAUGCGUGGACUUAAUAAUCACGGAUAUGGCAGUGUUUGAAAUAGUUCACGGAGAAGGAUUGAAAUUAAUUGAAAUCGCGCCAAACAUUGACAUCAGUGACGUUGUUAGUUCUACAGGAUGCGAAUUCUCAGUAGCUGAUGAUCUUCAAGAAAUGAAACAAGUAGACUUGGAAGACUGUCAUUUCUAUCGAACUUAUUCUCUGAAUUUGGCUUUCACUUUUGCUGGAAGCGGUAACAGAUACAGAACACUGUUAAAUAUACUCAGUCCAACAGCAAAAGCCAAAGAAAUUAACAAGUUUAGGUCAACGUUCAAUACUUCUGAGAUAUUCUCGCCUUCGCGUAAUGCCAAUCGUGAUCAUGGUAGAUAUAAAACUCAAUGGCAAGCUCAGCAAUGCGUAAGCAGUCAAGAACAUUGCUCCACCAUAGAGACCUUCUCUUUUCUCUUGAUAAUAUCUGGCCCUAUAGCCUGGAACUUGAAAAUUAACAAAUGUUAUGUAAUACUGGUGUAUUAAAUUGCAUGAAAAGAUAAAAAAGAUUGGACUAAGUGUACUUACAGAGGAGAGCUGUGCACGCUAUUCCAGCAACGUAGAACAGAGUCACUACAUUGAAGACUAG